AUGAAUAAUAAUAGUGCCACGGAGGCUUCCUCAAGGGCUCAGAUACGGCCUUAUUACGAUCCUGAUUCAUUUAAUGCUGGUUAUAGUGCCGUCUUCAAGCCAGAAGAAGGUGUAGUCGAUCCACAGGGGUAUACGAUUGCUUCAAAAUUAAACGUUAUCAACUCAUCUCCGACUACAAAAAGAAUGGCCAAUGCCUUGUUUAGAAGUUCCCCAAUGAAGAAAUUGUCAAACUCGAUGAAUGAUGGGCUGUCGCCAGAAGGGAGCAGUGGUGAGAUAGGUAGUCUGAAUAACUUUGAGUGGGCGGAACUGGUUAACCUUCAGAAAUGGCGGAAAAUAUUUGAACAACUGCUCGAUAUGUUUUUCAGAAAGUACUUUCAAUUGCUCAUCCAACAACCCUUUGAUGUAGCUAGAUUACUGACUCAAGUAGGUGAGUUCCAAAUAGGCAAACCUACAACUGAUGCAAGUAAACCUCAACCACCGAUAGUCUUGCGGGAUGAGGAGCGAGGCGUUGUGGGGGAUGACGAAGAAGGAGAAAAUGAUUACGAUGAGGAGGAGAUCGAUUUUUUCCCCAUAGAAAGAAAGAUAGCUGAAGCUAAUUCCAUUGUACCUAGUACCGUCGACGAGGAUGACGGUCCACAUUCUGGGCUCACUGAUAGCUCUUUGAUCAUCAUGCCACAGUCCCUACAUACAAUAGAUGUCAUUAAUUCCCUAUUUGACCAGGAAGGUAUUCGUGGGUUAUGGAAGGCUAACAACACAACUUUUAUUUACAAUUUCCUUUCCCUAAGUAUUGACACAUGGUUCACUGGGUUACUUUCAUCUUUUUUGGGUGUUCCUGACCCUUAUUUCAUGGAGGUUAUCAACUCAUCGGAUAUCUCUAAAUCAUUUAUUUUAGCCUUGGGUGCAGGAAUAUUUACCAGUAUUAUAUUGCUACCUGUGGAUUUAAUAAGAACAAGACUGAUAGUAACGUCAUUCAAAAGGAAGGCGAAUGCCAAAAGUAAGAUCACCAACACCAGAAGUUUGAGACAGCUGAUUAGGUGUUGGUCGUGGCGUAGAAACGGUGUUUCCAUUCCUCUAGAUAUGUGGUCUUUAACCAUUUUACAAUCUAUCAAUAACAGCUUUUUCAACAAAUUAUUUGACUUGGUCAUUUACAAUCAAUUCCACAUAGAAAAAUAUUCACAAACUGUCAUGUAUAACACAAUGAAAUUCUUUUCUAAAUCCUUAGAACUGUUUAUUAAGUUACCUGUGGAAAAUUUAUUACGUCGUUGCCAGUUAAACUAUCUAUUAAAUGACCAAAGAUUAUUGUUUAAAGUCGAUUCCACUGAAUUAAUAGUGAAACCAAAGAAAUACAACGGGAUAUGGAAUGUGGUUAGAAACGGUUCCAAAACAAAUACAGGCCAAUUAUGGAAUGGCUGGAAGGUUGGCGUGAUCAGUUUAAUUUGCGGAUAUGGGCUACAGAUAAUGAAUAAAGUUGACAUUAAUAUGGAACAAGAGAAGUUUUAA